UCUUCUCAUUCGACAAGUACGAAGAAGAAGGAGAAGAAGAAAAGAGAAUUUAGUGAGAGAAAGUUUAGAGAGAGAGUUGAACCCACAGUUUUCAGCUAAAACCACUGAGAUGACAAUUUCUAGGGUUUUGUGAAUUUGAUAAGAAAUUUCAGAGGAAAGACGAAAACUGAACUCUGAGAUGGAAAUGCCAGGUAGACGAUCGAAUUAUACUUUGUUGAGUCAAGUUCCCGACGAUAAUUUUCUUCCUCCGCCGUCGAAGUACGGAGGCGGCGGCGGAGCACAGUAUUACGAGUCUCAUUCUGGAGAGAAGAGUAAUAAAGGCAAAGGAGUUGGUGAUAAUAGAGGAUAUGAUUGGGAUUUGAUUGAUCACCGAAUGAUGCAAGCGCCGACGACAAAUCGGAUCGGUGCGGCGGCACAGUUUCCAGGUUCGAUUGGUUUACAGAGGCAAUCGAGUGGGAGUAGCUUCGGUGAGAGUUCGAUCUCCGGUGAGUAUUACAUGCCGUCGUCGCUUUCUAAUGCUGAAGCAUCGUUUGGAUAUCUCAAUGACGGUGGCGGUGGCGGUGCUGAAUUGAGGAUGAAGCCGUUGGAUGCUGCUAACUUGUGUGGCUCAUCUUCUAAGAGUUGGGCACAGCAGACCGAGGAGAGUUACCAGCUGCAGUUAGCAUUGGCUUUAAGGCUUUCUUCAGAAGCUACUUGUGCUGAUGAUCCCAAUUUCUUGGAUCCUGUGCCUGAUGAAUCCGCUUCCCGUGCGUCUGCUUCAUCUGCUUCAGUCGAGACCGUUUGCCAUCGAUUCUGGGUAAAUGGAUGCUUAUCGUACUUUGACAAAGUGCCUGAUGGAUUUUACUUGAUUCAUGGGAUGGAUCCAUACGUCUGGAUUGUCUGCUCAGAUCUGCAAGAAAGUGCCCGCAUUCCAUCUAUUGAAUCAUUGAGGGCCGUUGAUCCCUCUGUAGUACCAUCACUUGAAGUGAUUUUGAUUGACCGGCGUAGCGAUCCUAGCUUGAAGGAACUGCAGAAUCGAAUCCAUAACCUCUCGCCUAGUUGCAUCACAACAAAAGAGGUUGUUGAUCAGCUCGCUAAGGUGGUCUGCAAUCAUAUGGGGGGCACAGCUUCUGCUGGAGAAGAUGAGUUGGUUCCUAUGUGGAAGGAGUGCAGUGAUGACCUGAAGGAUUGUCUAGGAUCUGUCGUGCUUCCCAUUGGUAGCCUGUCUGUUGGCCUUUGUAGGCAUCGAGCUUUGCUAUUUAAAGUGCUAGCUGACAUCAUUGAUUUACCAUGUCGAAUUGCGAAAGGAUGUAAAUAUUGUAAUAGAGCUGAUGCUUCCUCAUGUCUAGUUCGAUUUGGACUUGACAGGGAGUACCUGGUUGAUUUGAUUGGGAACCCUGGAUGUUUAUGUGAACCAGAUUCCUCGCUCAAUGGCCCAUCUUCUAUCUCAAUUUCUUCACCAUUGCGAUUUCCGAGAUUCAGAGAAGUUGAACCAACAACUGAUUUCAGGUCACUUGCCAAACAGUAUUUCUCAGAUUGUCAAUCGCUUAAUCUUGUGUUCGAGGAUCCUUCAGCAGGAGCUGCUGUUGAUGGAGAUUCAGGACAAACUGACCGAAAUAAUAUGGAGAGAAACAGUGUAGUCCCUAGUUCAAGUAACCGUGAUGAAAUUUCUCGGUUACCUGUCCCUCCAGUUGGGCAUGGAGAUACUAAACCGCUGAUGGCAUUAUCAGACCCAAGAGGAAGAGGAAAUGAUAUGAGAUUUCUCGAGGGAGGAAGUCAACUUGUUCCUGCUAAACAAAGUAGAGACCUUGCCCUUGAAGUAGAAGAAUUUGAUAUUCCCUGGGAAGAUCUUGUUCUGAAGGAGAGGAUUGGGGCAGGGUCUUUUGGUACCGUUCACCGUGCUGAUUGGAAUGGCUCUGAUGUUGCUGUGAAGAUUCUCAUGGAACAAGAUUUUCAUGCGGAGCGAUUCAAGGAAUUUUUGCGGGAGGUUGCAAUUAUGAAGCGGUUGCGACAUCCAAAUAUUGUGCUUUUUAUGGGUGCUGUCACUCAGCGACCAAACUUGUCCAUAGUUACAGAAUAUUUAUCAAGAGGUAGCUUAUACAGACUUCUUCAUAAACCUGGUGCUAGGGAGGUUUUGGAUGAAAGGCGUCGGUUGUCUAUGGCUUACGAUGUGGCAAAGGGGAUGAAUUAUCUACAUAAGCGCAAUCCUCCCAUUGUUCAUAGAGAUUUAAAAUCUCCAAAUCUUUUAGUGGACAAGAAAUACACAGUGAAGGUCUGUGAUUUUGGUCUUUCUCGUUUAAAAGCGAACACAUUUCUCUCAUCAAAGUCGGCUGCUGGGACUCCGGAAUGGAUGGCACCUGAAGUUCUUCGUGAUGAACCAUCAAAUGAGAAAUCUGAUGUAUAUAGCUUUGGUGUCAUUUUGUGGGAGCUCGCGACGUUGCAACAACCCUGGAGUAAUUUGAACCCAGCACAGGUUGUAGCAGCUGUCGGCUUUAAGGGGAAAAGACUCGAAAUUCCGCGUGACUUGAAUCCUCAAGUGGCAAGCAUUAUUGAGGCUUGCUGGGCCAAAGAACCAUGGAAACGUCCCUCCUUUUCUGUAAUCAUGGAUAUGCUGAGACCACUAAUUAAACCUCCCGUAACACCUCCUCAACCAGGUCGUACAGACAUGCAGUUGCUUACGUGAAUGCGUGUAUUAAAUGUAUGAUUUCUGCACAUAUUUGGCAUUCUUUGUUAGUCACCUUUCAGGGAGGAACAGUGCUUCAGUUACUUCAGGCGUCUGUUCUGUACAUAUUCGUUCAGAAUGUCUUUGUAGAGCCCGUAAUUUUUUUCACAAAUUCAAGCAGCCAUUUCUCUGAGAAUACCAUUUGCAAUUGGCUUGUACACUUCCUCCUGGAACAUUUGUUUAGCCAUGUGAUUUUGUUAAAGCCAGCAAUAACAGUUCUUUAAUUUCUGUCCAGAAAUGAUUUUGUAUGUAUAAGAAUUAUAACGGGAAUUUGUAUUAUAGGAAAGCACACUUCGAUGUACUUAUUUUUGAGUUAGCGUACAUGCAAUUUCUGCCUCA